ACAAUCCUCUCUCUCUCUCUCUCUCUCCGUCAUCGUGGUCGUGGAGGUAAAGGCAGGCGCAUUUUGAAGUCGUCUCUCUCGCUCUCCUCUGGGUUUAAUCUCUCUUUUUCCUUCCCUCGCUUUCUUUCAUCUGCAACAACUCGAGAGAGAGGGAGAUGUCUUCCUCGAGCUCGAGGACGCAGAGAUCGUCGAGCUCGGUGUCGCCCUUCCGGACUAGGAAAGCAGCGGCGGUGCCUAAGAGCUCCGGCCGACCCCCGACGCCCUCCGCCACCUCGGCCAGCCUCGCCCAGACGUCGCCGCUGAGCCCCGAGACGGCUGAUUCCCAGAAGGCCAAGGAGAAUGUGACCGUCACCGUCCGAUUUCGCCCCCUCAGCUCUCGAGAGAUUAACAAGGGGGACGAGAUCGCUUGGUACGCAGACGGAGAUUACACGGUCCGGAAUGAGUCCAACGCGUCCAUUGGCUACAGCUUUGAUAGAGUAUUUGGACCUGCUACAACUACUCGACAUGUUUAUGAUGUAGCUGCACAACAUGUAAUAAACGGUGCUAUGGAGGGAAUAAAUGGAACCAUAUUUGCAUAUGGUGUUACUAGCAGUGGAAAGACUCAUACCAUGCAUGGUGAGCAAAAAUCCCCAGGAAUUAUUCCUUUGGCCAUAAAAGAUGUUUUCAGCAUUAUUCAAGAGACACCUAGUCGAGAGUUUUUGCUUCGAGUAUCAUACCUGGAAAUAUACAAUGAGGUUAUCAAUGAUUUACUUGAUCCAACAGCACAGAAUCUAAAGAUACGUGAAGAUUCACAAGGAACAUAUGUGGAGGGUAUUAAAGAGGAGGUUGUUCUGUCUCCUGCUCAUGCUCUUUCCUUAAUAGCAUCUGGGGAAGAGCACCGGCAUGUUGGUUCCAACAAUUUCAAUUUGCUUAGCAGUCGAAGCCAUACAAUAUUUUCCUUGUCCAUUGAAAGUAGUCCACGUGGUGAGAACCUGGGGGAGGAGGAUGUGACAUUGUCUCAGCUGAACUUGAUUGAUCUUGCAGGUUCUGAGAGUUCAAAAACUGAGACUACUGGUCUAAGGAGGAAGGAGGGUUCUUACAUAAAUAAAAGUUUACUAACACUCGGCACUGUUAUUGCCAAGUUAACUGAUGGAAAGGCAACACAUAUUCCCUACAGGGAUUCUAAACUUACUCGUUUAUUACAAUCUUCCCUAAGUGGACAUGGGCGCAUCUCUCUCAUUUGCACUGUCACACCGGCCUCUAGCAAUAGUGAGGAGACACACAAUACUCUGAAAUUUGCACAUCGAAGCAAACAUGUUGAGAUAAAGGCUUCUCAAAAUAAGAUAAUGGAUGAGAAAUCACUGAUAAAGAAGUAUCAGAGGGAGAUUUCCAGUUUAAAGCAAGAGCUCCAGCAAUUAAAGCGCGGUAUGAUGGAAAGACCAUAUCUCUCUUCUAAUCAGGAAGAUCUUGUCAAUUUGAAGCUGCAGCUUGAGGCUGGUCAGGUCAAAUUGCAGUCAAGAUUAGAAGAGGAAGAACAAGCAAAGGCUGCUUUGAUGGGAAGAAUCCAACGCCUGACAAAACUUAUAUUGGUAUCAACAAAGAAUGCAAUGCCUUCCAAUCUUUCAGUGAAGGCCAGUCACAGGAGGAGACACUCUUUUGGAGAAGACGAGCUGGUGUAUUUACCCGACAGGAAAAGGGACUAUUUAUUUGAUGAUGAUGUUGGUAGUCUUGAUUCAGAGCUCUCUGCUGGAGCACGAUGUGAUGGCAUCAGUUUGGAAGAGCUGAAGAAAGAUUAUAAGAAAGGGAAGAGGCGGGGAAUGCUUAGUUGGCUCAAAUUACGGCGCCCUGAAAAUUUUGGAGGAAUAGCUUCUAAUACUGAUUGUGAAAGUUCAGCAAGCGGCUCUCCUGCAUCUUCACGGUCAUCUCAGCAGAAGGAUCUAGUCUUGGAUAUGAAGGAUGGACAAAGAAAGUCCGUGAGUAGAGCAGUUGAUGAUGCUUCUUCAAUCACCAAUUCCUUUCAGGAGAGAACACAAGCUGGCGACUUGUUUUGUGCUGCUCCAAGAGGGCGUGGUCUUCCUCCUACUGGAACCACUAUCACAGACCAGAUGGAUCUACUUCGAGAACAGGUUAAAAUGUUGGCGGGAGAAGUUGCCUUAUGUACAAGUUCAUUAAAGCGAUUAGCUGAACAAGCAGCUGAAAGGCCUGAUGAUUCUAAACUCCAAGGGCAAAUCCGGAAGCUAAAAGAUGAAAUCAAUGAAAAAAGGCUACAAAUGCACAUUCUUGAACAACGAAUGCUGGGGACGGUUGAAGUGACUCCUCGAUCAAUUGGUACAUUUGAUAUUUCCCAGGCUCUCUCAAAGCUGGCAACCCAGUUAAAUGAAAAAACUUUUGAACUUGAGAUCAAGUCUGCAGACAACAGGAUUCUUCAAGAGCAGCUUCAGUUGAAGUUAUCUGAAAAUGCAGAAAUGCAAGAGACUAUUCUGCUGCUGAGGCAACAAAUGAGCUCUUUGAUGGAUAAAGGCUCAGCUCAAGAAAAAUAUAUUGUACAUGGAUCCAAGGAAGCGGCAAAAUGGACUGAUCUUGAUCUUUCAUUUGAUGAGAGUUGUACUGAUGCAAAUACACCAACAAGUGUCAUAAACUUGUCUGCAAUGUCUUCACAAAAUACUUGUACAUCAUGCGAGAACAGUCAACUAUUGCAAGAGAAGAACUUUUUGCUGGUUGAAGAGAUCGAGAAACUUAAACAAGAGAAGGACACAUUGCUUGAAGAAAAAGGAGGGCUCGAGAUUCAGUGCCAGAAGCUUGGAGAGGAAGCAUCAUAUGCCAAAGAGUUGGCAUCUGCAGCAGCAGUUGAACUUAGGAAUUUGGCUGAAGAGGUUACAAGACUUACUUAUCACAAUGCAAGAUUGAACACUGACCUUACUGCAGCCAAGGAAGAGACAUUCUGCAGGAACAGUUGCUGUCAGCAAGAUAUUUUGAGUUAUGGACAUUGUGAACUAGAUAAUGGAAUCGAAAGUGAUGAAUGUCCAAAAGGGUUGAAUGAUGUGUUAAUAGAAGAGUUGAAGAAUGAACUUGCUGUUAGAUGCCAAAGAGAGGCUUCCUUGGAGUCUGCAUUAUCUCAGAAAGGUCAAAGAGAAGCAGAACUGCAAAAGAAAAUUGAGGAAGCAAAACAUCGGGAAAAGGACUUGGAACAUGAACUUGCAAAUAUGUGGGUGCUUUUUGCAAAAAUGAAGCAGGCAGGGCUUGUAUCAGAAGAAUUAACAUUUGAUGGGAUGAACACAGGAAUAAUAUUGCAGCAGAGUGUGAAAGAUUAUGUGAUACCAUCUAAUGGCAUAAAAAGUAACCAGGAUGGGAAAAUUAAUGUUGUUGGUGAGCAGAAAUUGCUGAAAGAACUAUAUGAAUGUUAUGAAACUGAGAAGAAAAAGUGCAAAGAGCUUGAAUCCUUCGUUUCUAGAUUAAAGCUUUCUUGCCAGGGUGACGACCUUGUUGGCCUUGAUGUUACUACGCUUGAAGAAUUGCAGAGCGUUCACAUUGAAGCUAUUACAAAAAUCUGUCAUGCAAAGUGCGCAACUAAUGUCUCAUAGUGUAAUGAUAGAAGAACUAUUCAGAGAUUAUGCAUAUAUGUUGAUUGGAUUUCAUUUUUCUAGGAAUCGUCACUGACUGUGAAUCUAAGGGUGCAAACAAUGAUGUAAAGCUUCGCAUGGAACUACACUGGAUUUUGUAUGUCAGUAGGAAGAGGCUGUGACCUGUAUACACAAUUCAUGUACAUAUGAAAGGCGUAAGACAAUGGAUAACAUUGCGCUGAUAUUGGGCCAAUUUGAGUCAGCAUUAGAUAGGAGGAAUUUCUUCACAGCAUCUUCCCUGUCAGCACUAACCAUGAAGGUUUGCUCAAGUUCAGGUCAAUUUUCAUAAUGGAGAUCAUUAAGUGUCAUCUUCAUGUAUUUCGUUCAGUCUGAACAGUGCUUGCCUUCAUACAUCAAAUUGGUGCCUGUAAAUGAAA